AUGGAUACGACUAUCUCCAACGUCAAGCAUCAGCACAGCUCUUCUAAGUCCUCAUUAAAGAUACGACAUCGACAGAUCCGCGCCCUCUGCGACGAGGAGACCAUCACCGUCUACCAAGCGUACAAUGCAGAGAUAGCAUCGCAUGCGGUACAGCACCAAAAGCUCAACGCAUCGCCCCUCUUCAAGCCGGGUCGCAUGACCUGGAUCAAGCCAAGCUGGUGCUGGAUGAUGUACCGCUCCGGGUAUUCGUUUAAAGACAAGAAUCAGGAACGUAUUCUAGCUUUGAAGAUGAGACGGACUGAUUUCCUGGUCCUGCUGGAAAAGGCUGUACUUGCGACUAAAAUGGCCGCUCGGGGAACUGGUGAUAGCAAAGGAGUUGCUAGGGACGAGGGAGAAGAGGAACGGAGAAGUGACGAUGUAAGGGUACAGUGGGAUCCGGAGCGCUCGAUGCGGCUCGAACGUCUGGAGUAUCGCAGUAUUCAAAUCGGAAUUCGUGGAGACACAAGAACACAUUGGAUCAUGAACUCUAUCGUAGCAAUCGAGGAUGUCACAGAGAUGGCACAAUCAUUGAAGGCUGCUUUGGACGAAGACCCUCGUGUAUCGGAACAGGAGUUAGUACAGAGAGGCUUGUUGCCGCAAGAGAAGCCAGUCGAGGCUUCGAAAAUAUUACACGAGAUUCUCGAGAUGGACUAA